AUGGCAGAUCAAAAAUACAAAGUAUAACUUUUAGUAUAUGACAUAUCCGGUGGAUUAGCUAAAGUAUUUUCCCCAAUGUUACUAUAAAAGCAAAUUGACGGCAUAUGGCACACAGGAGUUGUAGUGUACGGAAAAGAAUAUUAUUUCGGCGGUGGAAUAUGCUCUUCCCUUCCAAAGCAAACCCCAUAUGGAAUUCCUGUAAACCAAAUAGAUAUGGACGAAACAGAAAUUCCUGAGGAAGUUUUUACAGAAUUUUUGAGAGAUAUAUCGGAAAGAUUCACUAUCGAAAAAUAUUGUCUUUUUAAAAAUAAUUGCAAUAAUUUUAGUGAUGAAUGUUUGUAAUUUUUAACUGGUAAAAGCCUUCCUGAAUAUAUAAUUGGAUUACCUGAGGAAAUAUUGAAUACUCCUAUGGGUUAAAUGCUUAAGCCAAUGAUUGAUAAUAUUGAAGAAUAUCCAAAGGUUAAGUUCUUAUCUGUAAAUACGGAAAAAAUAAAGAUAUUGCAAGCUAGUUUGGAAUUUAGGCAUUACCCACUUUUGUUAGCUUACAUGAAGGCUAGAUUUUUAGUAUUUGGAAAGGAGCUAAUUAAGUUAAUUUGA